GCAACAAUGAGUCGUAGCGCAAUAUCAGUGCCUUCCGGCGGCAGCUCGGCCAGCAGCAAUAUGGAAACCUCCUCUACGUCGACCUUCAUCAAAACCAUUGAGUGGGAUAUGAUGGAUAAAGCUAAAUUCUUUCCACUUUCUAUGCUGAGUUCGUUUUCGGUGCGGUGUUGUCUAUUCCCCCUGACGGUCAUUAAAACCCAGCUUCAGGUUCAACACAAAAGUGAUGUAUAUAAGGGCAUGUUCGAUUGUGCACACAAAAUUUAUCGUUCGGAAGGUGUGCCCGGUCUAUAUCGCGGCUUUUGGAUUUCUUCCGUUCAAAUAGUAUCCGGUGUAUUCUAUAUCAGCACAUACGAAGGAGUGCGUCAUAUUUUAAAAGACUUGGGAGCAGGGCAUAAUGUUAAGGCGCUGGUCGGAGGUGGAUGUGCAUCUUUGGUGGGGCAAACCAUUAUAGUUCCUUUCGAUGUAAUUUCUCAGCACGCUAUGGUCUUGGGAAUGGCAAGGCAUGGACCCAAGGCCGACUUAAAUCCCCUCGGCAUUGAUACAAGUCCCGGUCGAAGCCGUAUAACAAUUUCCAUAGAUAUUGCCAAAGAAAUUAUGCGUCGUGAUGGAGUCCGGGGAUUUUAUCGAGGCUAUACUGCCAGUUUGAUGGCAUAUGUUCCGAAUUCAGCGAUGUGGUGGGCGUUUUAUCACUGGUAUCAGGAUGAACUGUGUCGGAUAUGUCCACCAUGGGUUUCACAUCUUCUAAUACAGUGUGUUGCUGGCAGCAUGGGUGGAUUUACAACAACGAUACUUACAAAUCCAUUAGAUAUAGUCAGAGCGAGAUUGCAGGUUCAACGUCUCGAAAGUAUGAAAGUUGCGUUCCGAGAUCUUUGGCGUGAGGAGGGAUUAAACUGUUUCUUUAAGGGAUUGUCAGCGCGUUUAGUUCAAUCGGCCGCCUUCUCAUUUAGUAUAAUUUUAGGUUAUGAAACAAUUAAAAGAAUAGCAGUUGACGAGCGAUAUAAACAGAAUAUACGCUGGUAA